CGAAAUCACCGAACAAGCGAAUAAGCAUGUAGGAGUUGCAGCUAAAAUUAGGUCGAAGCUGCAGUCAGAGUUUCAGUGUUUACAUCGGCCGACUGAGCCUGCAGUAGUGACAUUGACAACUGGUGUGGAACUGAGAUGGCGCUUAGAAUAGAGAACCCAUAUUACAAGCUACUGGAUACGGAUGAGGAGAUCGUGGAAGACUUCGAAUUAAUGUCGCGGAACGCAAGGGAGACGCAGUUGGAGUUGUUGCGCAAGAUUCUAGAGCGGAAUGCAAAUGUGGAGUAUUUGCAGCGCCAGGGAUUGAACGGCCGCACCGAUGAGGCCUCCUUCAAGGCUUGCGUGCCUGUCAGCACUUACGCUAACAUCGAAGCCGAUGUGGACCGCAUUGCUGAUGGUGAUACAUCUCCGAUUUGUUGCGUCGACCCCCCGACUUCCUUUGCCCUCAGCUCGGGGACUACUGGAGGGAAGUGUAAGUUGAUUCCGCGUACUGAUGCUUUACUGGCACAAGCGAUGAAGGCUGGCCAGAUUGGUUCAGUUUACCGGAGAAGAGCAUUUCCUAGAAAACAUGAAGGACCACCAGUGGUGAUGUCGUUUCAGUAUGCAGGGCGACAGUUUGAUACGAAGUCAGGUUUGAAAGCAGGCACUGGGACAACUAAUUUCUACAGAAGUGCAGCUUUCAAGAACGCAAAAUCUGCGCCGUUUAGUGCGACAAGUCCUGUUGACAUAGUGUUGGGAUACGAUGUUCCUCAACAGAUGUAUUGCCACCUGCUGUGUGGACUAUAUCGUUGUCAAGAAGUGGAGCAGAUGUCUGCUAUUUUCGCAUACAUGAUUGUCGAGCCCUUCCGGCUUCUCGAACGGGUGUGGCGGGACAUCUGCAAGGACAUACGGGAAGGGACAGUGAACGAGCGUGUAAGUGACCCUGAGCUUCGCUCAAGUGUUCUAAAAGUCUUGUCACCGAAUCCAGAGCUCGCGGACUUAAUCGAGCGUGAGUGUGCCAAGGGAUGGUCUGGUAUCAUCGAGCGGCUGUUUCCUAAUAUCAACUACAUAAUGAGCAUUUUUUCGGGCUCUAUGUUACCCUACGUUGCACCCAUGCGACAAUAUGCUGGAUCAGUCCCACUCAUGAAUGCGGAUUACGGUGCUUCUGAGGCAUGGAUAGGCAUCAACCUCGACCCUCGGUGCCCGGCGGAGGACGCAUCCUUCACUAUUAUUCCCAACUUCGCCUACUUCGAGUUCAUCCCUGUUAACCGGGAUUCCGCAGGCUAUGACUCUGUCGAGGGCGAUGAGAUAGUUGGGCUCACAGAUGUCAAGGUUGGUCAAGAGUACGAGAUAGUGUUAACCACAGUAGGAGGUUUGUACCGCUAUAGACUGGGUGACAUAGUUAAGGUCACUGGUUUCUUCAACUCAACUCCCAAGGUGGCCUUCGUAUGUCGAAAAGGAGUUGUCCUGAGUGUGAAUACUGACAAGACUGACGAAGAAGAGCUACGAUUGGUUGUGGGAAAAGCAUCUUUAUUGCUCAAAGAAUCAAAUAUGGAGCUGGCUGAUUACAGCAGUUACACUGACCAAGACUCACAGCCUGGACAUUAUGUAAUCUUUUGGGAGUUGCGAAGUCACGAACACCUCGACAUGGAUCUUUUAAGUGAGUGCUGCAAAGUUCUUGAUCAGUCUUUUAAUAAUCCUUACAUGAGGGGCAGAGCAGCUCGGACAAUUGGACCAUUGGAGUUGGCCAUUGUGAAGGAGGGUGCAUUCGCUCGUCUGAUGGAGCAAUUUGUGCGAAAGAACGGAGUAGGAGCUAGUCAAUACAAGGUAUCGCGAUGCUUCAAAAAUCCCGCCACAUUGAAGCAUUUCCGAGAUGAGACUAUUGCUACAUUGCGGAGUCCAGAUUUUCCACCCGAAUUGUUGGCAGCAUGGCGACCAUCUACAAAAAUCGUUGGAUGAUACAGGAAGUUACUUCCUGGAAAAGCAUGAGAUGUUACCGCGUUCCUACGUGUAUUUUAUCAUUCAUGGAUCCAGACAGGAAAACCGUUAAGAGGAGUGAUGGAACGUUAUGUAACACCGGCUGGUGUUAAAUAUUCACGACAGUUCCUGAGUACAACAGUCGACAAGAAGAUGGAGAGAAACAAUUGAAGCCAGUUUAUACAGAAUAAAUUUGGUAUUAUUGUUUUAGUCUUUUUAGUAGCCGAAAUAACGACGAAUUUUCUACGUACAUAUUUGAUUUUUUUAACCAACUUAUAUAAUUCCAUUUCUAAAUAGUAAUACGUCUCGACGAUCAAAAAUCUUAAUUGAGUGACAUUUAGUCACGAUGACAACUA